AUGUUGAUGGUUGAUGAACAGUUGAAAAUUGGGGCGACACAGUUUAGUCCGACUGAGAAACGUGAGUUCAAGAAUAAUUUUCUAAAAAAAUAUUUUUGGCCAAAAUCCAACUCAAACAUCAGCCCCACCAAAAGAAAAAUACUCCCGAACAACUUGUUUCUUGUUAAAAUGCACUAUGUAUUUUGUUCAAACAAAAUCCGAAACAAAAAAAAUCAUUCUAGGCAUUGUUUCUCUUUCGGAAGAUAUGGAAAAAAUCAGCGAUUCGGAUAGUAUUCCAUCACCAACUCAAACUGACACUUUUGUUGUCGCCUGGAUACAUGAACCGCGUGCCACGUAAGAAUCUCACAUUCAGAUUUUGAUCUCUCACAUUGUCAAUAAAAAUUGAAUUUUGCAGAAAUUUUUUCAUCCGACUUGUCACAAGUUUGUACGCAUUAAUUUUGACAAUUGUAUCUCUAGUUGUUGAAGUGUCACCAACAUGGCGAACUGAUAUGUGGAUAGCUGAAACGGUAUUUUAUUUACUAAUGUAUGGAACAGGAAUAUUAUUCUUCAUCUAUUGUUAUAUUUUCAUAAUUUACCCGACACCCUAUAAUUAUUUGAUAUCAUAUUUACGAAAACGAAAAUUGAUCAAAAACCCUGAACGAUGGAUUAUUUUAAGUAGCCCGCAUAAUGGAGAAGGCGCUGGAACAUUGUAUUUACGAUUAGGCGCACUAUGUGAGUUCUUAUUCAUUAAAAAAAUUUUUUUUAGAGUUUUUAUAAACUUUUUUGUAGUUUUUGGAAGCGUUGGAAUCGUGUUAUUUGGGCUUGAACUAUUUUUAUGCAUCGAAACUGCGAAUUGUAAAAAGACCACAAUUGCCAAAAUGAUAGUCGCGAUAAUUUUCACGUUUAUUCAAAUGCACUUCAUUUUUUGCAACUCGAAGAUAACCGUGAAUAGUUCGCAGAAAGUUGUUGCUUGGGGAAUGAUGCAUUUGGUGGCUGUUAAUUUAUGGACCUGGUUUCGAUUCGUUUUGGCUAAACAAGUUUGAAUAAUUUUAAAACAUUUGUUUCAAUUGAAAUGAUGUGAGAAAAUUCAAAGCAUGAAAAUAUUUUUUUAGGAAGCAAAGGCAUUGAAAAAGGCGCAUCUCAAGCAAGCGUUUCGCAAAUAUUAUUCUUCAGGAUCGUCGUCAGAAGAGGUUUGUGGAAAACAUGAAGUUUGUUUUGGAAUUUAUGUUAGAAGAUACAUAACCGUUUUUUGAAACAUGUAAAUACCUUUAGAUUUUUCCAGAUUCACGAUAUCAUAUCAGCAGUUCUCAAUUCAACAGUAUGUAGAAUUUUUCCAACUUUUCUCGUUUCUAUUAUCGUUAUUUUCCAUUCACUGAAUUUGUAGAUCAUUCAACAAAGUGGCGAAGAUAUCACAUCAACAUCUACUACAACCACCACAAUAUCACCCGCUGUAAAUCGAUUGUUUGCUUUGGAUCAAUUUGGUGAUGUGGCAACAUUUUUAACAACUUGCAUUGUAGAAUAUUCUUUGAUCGGAGCUGCUAUUAUGUUCAUUCUUUGGAAAUCGAUUGGUUCACAAUCUGCACAUCAUCAUUCAACUUCUACAAAACGAAAAGUUCGAAUGAGGAUUGAUUGCAGGUAAAAUUCUCACAUUCAGUUGAUAUUUUUUUUUGUCAAAUUAAAAUCAUAAUUUCUAGCUCUUCAUCGACUGGUCUAUUCGCCGGAAUCAUUUUCCUUAUCGGGUCAUUGGUAUCUAUGGGAAUGUAUACCAUUUUCGAGAGUUUGAGAAAUAGCGCGGGUGCUCAAUUAGUUUUCGGGAUCGUUGAUUUAUGUUUAUUUUCAAUUGCCUUAGGAGCAUGUGUUUUAGGACUCUGGAGGUAUUUUGAAAAAAAAGUUCAAAAAAAAAUUGUUUUUUUUUGUAGAAUGCGUUCACUUCAAUACCGAUUACAUGCACACGGUGAAGUAAUUGAUGAGAUUCUGUUGAUUAUUGGGUUGAUUGGAGAAGUUGUGUACUGUGCAGUUGGUAAGUUUUGUUAUGUUAUGAAUUUUCUAUUUUGAAACUCUUCAAAUACAAAAAGAUUUCAAAAAACUAUUCCAGGCAUUGAUGUUUUCAUCGCUUGCCGAAGAUCAGCCGACUUGAGUGUGAAUGCGCUUCCUCCUUUUGUUUUUGUGAUUCGUAUGAUUCAAGUAGUAUUCCAAGCCGCUUUUAUCUUAACAACAUCCCGCCUUCGAUGUCUUUCAAAAUAUUCCAUGAAGCACAAACCUGGCAAGCAAAUCAUCACUUUUCUCUUGGUCUCAAAUGUCACAUUAUUUGUGUUUCACACUUUUGAAGGUAUGAAAUCAAGCUUCGGAUUUUCCAACAAAGCUGCAGCACAAUAUAACUAUCUGAUUUAUGCCGUAGCGCCUCUGCUGGUAUUUUACAGGUGAGUUUCAGAUUUUUAUCUUAUUUUCUUUCAAUAAGUGCGUUGUAGAUUUCAUAGUUCCGCGUGUCUUGCUGAAAUCUGGAAACACACAUAUAGCAUCAAAUCAGUUGACCUUGAAAAUAACCUCGAUUUAUCUGACAGCAAUUUGACUGCAAUUACACCGGUUUCUGAUAAAUAUACAUAA